UGAACUGAAUAUUGGUUGUUUCCGUCCAGACCCUCGUCCUCCUGCUCCUCCUACCAAUCCAACCCAAUCCAGCCCAGCUCGUCGCGGCUCUGACUGAAUCCCCCCUUCACCACCGGACAGCUACCGCCGACGCCCCGAUCCCGCCCCUCUCCGCUCCCCCUCCCCUGACGCCGCCGCCUAUCACGCCCCCUCCUCGCCGCGACGUCGGUCGCGCCCCUGCCGUCUCCGCCCCGUCCGCGAUCUCAGGCCGAUUGGAGAUACGCUCGUCGUUUCAGCCCCGCGGCCGUCGUCCAGAGAGGAGGAGAGAUGCAGGCAUCUAGAGCUAGGCUCUUCAAGGAGUACAAGGAGGUGCAGCGAGAAAAGUCAGCCGACCCAGAUAUCCAAUUAAUCUGUGAUGAUUCAAAUAUAUUCAAAUGGACUGCUGUAAUCAAGGGCCCAUCGGAGACACCUUUUGAAGGUGGCGUAUUUCAACUUGCAUUCUCAAUUCCCGAGCAGUAUCCUCUACUGCCUCCGCAAGUCCGCUUCAUCACCAAAAUUUUCCACCCAAAUGUUCACUUUAAGACUGGUGAAAUAUGCCUAGAUAUAUUGAAGAAUGCAUGGAGCCCUGCGUGGACCCUACAAUCUGUUUGCAGAGCCAUUAUUGCGUUGAUGGCCCAUCCGGAAGCAGACAGCCCACUUAACUGCGACUCAGGCAAUCUUCUCCGCUCCGGUGACAUCAGAGGCUACCAGUCCAUGGCGCGGAUGUACACCAGGCUAGCUGCCAUGCCAAAGAAAGAAUAAUUUGCAGGGUUGCAAAGGUACACCAGAGCAGUGGCGCUGGCGCUGGCUGAUUGAUUCAUGCAUGUAUCAACUCCCUAAGUUGUCAGGUGCAACUCGUUGGUAUCCCCGUAUGAACUUGUGUGGCCUGAUUUUCUUACCCGACUUGUCGUUGUGGGUGUAAUGUUGAUUCUGUUGGGCUAAAAAGGAUUUAAGCGUAAACGCUUGAUUCAUGAUGAUGUGUAAUAAAUAAUCCUCACAGGGAUUUGGUAACAUGUAUAUGGUUCCUCCAGUGGUUGAUUA